CUCCGCGGGGCGGAACGAGGGGGCGGAGCUACAGGAGCCGGUCGCGAUGGCGCGGGCGCUGCGCUGCCUGGAGGCCGCGUUCGCGCUGUAUUUCAUCUCGCACAUCCCCAUCACGCUGCUGAUCGACCUGCAGCCGCUGCUGCCCGCCGGGCUGUACCCGCAGCAACUGACGGAGCUGCUGACCUGGUACGCCACCACCUUCCGGGACCCCAUGAUGCUCCAACCCCCGGCGUGGUUCAAGGCGUUCAUUUACUGUGAAGCUGCCUUACAGCUGCCGUUCUUUCCCGUCGCAGCAUAUGCCUUCUUAAAAGGUGGCUGCAAGUGGAUAAGGACUCCUGCAAUUAUCUACUCCACCCAUGUAGCUACAACGUUGUUUGCUAUCCUGGCUCACAUCCUGUUCCACGAUUUCUCAACAUCAGAGCAUCUGGGUCCUCAGACACUGCGUGAGCGCCUCAUCCUGUUAUCCAUCUAUGCACCGUACCUGCUGAUACCACUUCUGAUUCUUUUUACCAUGCUGUACAGCCCCCAGUACAACCAGGUGGAGAAAAGGAAAAGGAAAUAGUCUGCUGUAAAAGAUGUGAGCACAACUUUCCCAUUGGUUUCGAUCCAGACCCCAGUUCUCUGGGACGAACACUAAGCAGCGAUGUCAGCUGCGACACCUAUUACCAAAGUGUCAGAUUCCUGCAAGGAAAGUUUGAAUUGGCUUUUGUUCACAGCUCUUCCAUCAGAAAUAGGUUUGGCAGAAGCCUGUAUUGGUGGUUCCAGGUGGCAGCUGGGUAUUUGUAGCUUUAGGGGGCCCAGCAGCUCCCUUCCCAUCAUCAGUUUUGUGUGGUACUUGGAAAAUGAACUUCCAACCAUUUCAUGCAUAACCAGGUGAUGGAGGCUGGAAGCUGCAGCCCACGCUUUUCCUUACACUUUCCUUUCUCCAAGAUGCCUUCAGGUUGCAGUGUGUUCCAGUAGCACAUUCUGCACAAUCCUUCACUGAUUACAUACAAAAAUCAAAACUCCUUUUCUCAGCUACUUUAGAAGCAUUUCAGAUGAUGUAACAAUCCUCACCUUCCUCUUCCUUCCGUCUAAAAUUUCACCUUAUUUUCCUCUGCUCCAGUUCUGAUCACUUGCUAAUGCCUGGUCAGUGAUAAAUGUGUCCACAUCUGUACUUCUGUAUGCUUAUUGUCUGGCAGCUCCUCCUGGAUUUCUUCAAGUACUUCAGUAGCUGCAAACAGGGAUUUGUAAACUUUUCCAUGAAAUAACUUCUAACGUGGAAAUAAAUAACUGCAUCCAAAUGGCAUUUCAUUUCUGAAAGGAAGAACUAAAACCAACAUAAUCUGUGAGAGCUUAGAUAAAGAAAAACACUUUGUGUUAUACUUGGAAAUCAUCGAAAAUAAAACCAACUGCUGGUAGCCUU